GUCCAUCUCUGAUUGUAUCACAAUAUAUUUUAGAGAACAAACAUAAAAGAUCACCUAUGGCAAGACUUAGCAUAUGUUUGUUUGUUUUGCUAUGCACAUUUGCGGCUAAAGCAGCCGCUCAAACCGCUUCUAAUGUAAGAGCAACUUACCAUUACUAUUAUCCCGAGCAAAACGGUUGGGACCUUUACAAAGUAAGUGCGUAUUGCUCAACAUGGAAAGGAAACCAACCUAUCGAAUGGCGUAGGAAGUACGGUUGGACAGCUUUCUGCGGUCCAACUGGACCGCGAGGCCGUGAUUCUUGCGGAAGAUGCUUAAGAGUAACGAAUACUGCGACGGGAACACAAGCGACGGUGAGAAUCAUUGAUCAGUGUAGUAACGGCGGUUUAGACUUAGACGACGGCGUUUUCAGGCAACUUGAUACUAACGGUCAGGGAUACGCACGUGGGCACUUAAUUGUCAACUACGAAUUUGUCAAUUGCUGAAGAUCUUCAAGUUCAUCCAAAUAUCCAAUCACCGCCUUACAUCUUAUUAUUAUCACCUUUCAUAAAUAUUUAAGAUAAAAUAAACAUCACGAGUAAUUUGUGUUUUGUAAUGGAAAUAACUAUCAAAUAUUAUAUAGUAUCUUACGUA